GACAAUAGGCCUCGGACCCAAUACCCUGGUCUGGUUGAUGGGAGGUAGGGGCGAUCGAGAAAUUUCUUAGUCGAGGUUUAUUUGUCAAUAUGAGCCGUUUAAAAUUGUUUGGCCAAAAUUCCGAAAGCGGGCAAAAUCUGGGCAUCCCAUCAAAAACGGACCCGAUCGAAAACGAAAACUAAACGGAAAUACAUUUCAAGAUGGUCGAAUUUAUUUUUGUUUAGGCUUUGUUUUCGCCGAGCCGUUUUUUUUUUUGUUUAUUGACCAAAGGCCGAAGUCAUGUGAGUGCGAUUUUUAAUAAACGAAAAAUCACCGUUGUUCUCUUUCAUAAAAAGAAAAAAUCCGCCUCCUCGUGGGAUGGAGUACGGAAGAAAUCGGCCGAUAAGGCCUGGCAGCCGUCUCCAGACACUAUCGUUGAGAUCUGGGUUAGGACUGGCCAUGGAAGACAACUGGACUAAAUCGAUAGACGAAUCUGGCAACAGAAGAUAUUCAGACUCGGAAGAAAGACCGCAGAAGACGGCGAGCAAAACGGAUAUAUCAUCAAACUUAAUUUUUAUGAGGAAUUCAGCUUUAGGCCAGUCAGCACCAUCUUUAUCUAGUUGCGUGAGGGAGUCAAAUGUGGGCCGUAGGAGUAAUAAAAUGCUACAAAGAAAAAGCCUUAUCGCAAAUACUUCUCCGACAAUGCCGAGAUGUCAAUCUCCAUUAUCAGCUGGUAGCCCUUUGGAAAGCCCUCGAAUGUCUCCAAAUCAACAUUUUCCAUUUGUUGCACUCAAAAGGCCGUACAAUCACUUGAGUAAUGAUGGUAGAGGUGAUGGUAGGCGUUGGUCUGUGGCGUCUUUACCUUCAUCCGGUUAUGGAACAACUCCCGGUAGUUCAAACGUAUCAUCGCUUUGCUCGAGUCAGGAACGACUUCACCAAUUACCAAAUAUCCCUACUAAUGAUGAACUUCAUAUUCUUAUAAAACAUUUUUCAUCAAAUGAAAGUGCUGAAGAAGAAGGCAGGAAAAGCCCAUUUAAUAGGCCUAGGUCUCGUAGUUUAAGCAGUCCAAGUCGUUCACCUAUAAUGGAUAAUGAUAUAGUUAUGAUGAACAUGUUGUAUAAAGAAAGAUUUCCUAAGGCCACAAGACAAAUGGAGGAAAGGUUAAGAAGUUUUAUAAAUGAAAAUAAACAAGUAGAAUCUGAAGAGUUGGAUGCAUUGCCGAUAGUACGUUUUGUCCAUCACCAGGUGAUUGAAUUAGCAAGGGAUUGUUUGAAAAAGUCGGAGGAAAAGCUUAUAACGCGUAGAUAUUUUUAUGAACUGUCAGAUAAUUUAGAACGGCUUUUAACAGAGACGAAAGAGAAAUCAUCAGAAGCAGCAAUUCAGUCAGCAGGUUUUAUCAGAAAACUGAUGUUGAUCAUAUCUCGACCGGCAAGAUUGCUUGAAUGUUUGGAAUUUGACCCAGAAGAAUUUUACCAUUUGUUAGAACAAGCCGAGGGGCAAGCAAAAAUAUGUCAAGGGAUUAAAAACGACAUACCACAGUACAUAAUAACAAAACUAGGGCUUCACCGUGAUCCGAUUGCAGAUUUUAAUGAGGACUUCCAAGAUUUGAAAUUGAACAACGUAAUUGAGGAUAAAGACAAUGUUACUGUUCAGACUUCGACUCCAAAAGGAGAAGUACAGUUUCCAAAGACUCCUUCAGAAUCAGAUUUUGAUGUUGUUAAGCUCAUAUCAAAUGGAGCUUACGGAGCUGUAUAUUUGGUUCGGCAUAAAGAAACAAGGCAGCGGUUUGCAAUGAAGAAGAUUAUUAAAAAUAAUCUCAUGCUAAGGAAUCAGAUUGAACAGGUGUUUGCAGAAAGGGACAUAAUGAGUUUCACCGAUAAUCCUUUUGUUGUUAGUAUGUACUGCAGUUUUGAAACAAAGAAACAUUUGUGUCUCGUAAUGGAGUAUGUGGAGGGUGGCGACUGUGCUGCCCUUGUUAAGGUUAUCGGUCCUCUUCCACCUGACAUGGCUAGAUUUUAUUUUGCUGAAACGGUACUUGCUGUUGAAUACUUACACAGUUACGGCAUUGUUCAUCGUGAUCUGAAACCUGACAAUUUGUUAAUAACUGCACUUGGCCAUAUUAAACUUACUGACUUUGGGUUGAGUAAAAUGGGGUUAAUGUCAUUGGCAACUAACCUGUAUGAGGUUUACAUUGAUAGAGACUCCAGACAAUUUUCUGAUAAGCAAGUCUUUGGAACACCUGAAUACAUUGCUCCAGAGGUUAUUUUAAGACAAGGAUAUGGAAAACCAGUCGAUUGGUGGUCAAUGGGGAUAAUCCUGUAUGAGUUUUUAAUUGGGUGUGUUCCAUUCUUUGGUGAUACCCCUGAGGAACUCUUCGCGCAUACUGUAAAUGAUGAUAUUGAGUGGCCUGAUGAUGAUGAUUGGCCAGUUCAAGAAGAAGCGAAAGACAUAAUAUCUGCAUUGCUACAGCAGAAUCCUAGGGACCGGUUAGGAACUGGUGGCUCACACGAAGUCAAAGAACACCCAUAUUUCAACGGUCUUGAUUGGAAUUCUCUCUUACGGCAAAAAGCAGAAUUUGUGCCUCAGUUGGACCAUGAGGAAGAUACAAGUUACUUUGACAGCAGGAUUGAUCGCUAUAAUCAUGAUUUAAGUGGAGAUGAAAGUGAAGAUACAAUUCAGCUAGGAGGCUUUUCAUCAUGUUCACCUCAGUAUCGGAAAGUGCAGUCAAAGUUUACUUUGUCUCUUCCCCAUAGUAAUCUUGAGAGCCAAAACAAUUCUACAUCUCGAAACGCUGCUAAAAAAAUAAAUUUUGGAAAUGGUUCAAAGGCUGAACAAACCCAAAAUACAAGCAGUCAAACAGAAGAUUCUCGUGAGGUAGAAGGUGUUGACGAAUUGGAGUCGCUCCAAGGAAAUGCUGGAAAUCCAACUACGCCUGACUCAUCUCAAACCGAAAGCGAUGACGUUUCUCCGCAAAUUCAUAGGAAACGUCGGCUUCAAAAUAGGGAAGCAGUACCCAAGUUUUCCAUCUCUAUUGAAGACGACCCUACCACAACAACGUCUGGCAUUCAAAGAAAUAAAUUGGACUUAUCUCCAAUAACAACAAAACCCAAAAAACUUGUAAGUGGAGAACAAUUCCAAGGAGGACCAGCAGUGAGAAUGGCCAUAGCUCCAAUAUUUCCUAUCACUAAGCAUCGCUCUAGGGCAGUAAUCAAAAGCUUUAGUGCCACAGGAUUAUCUUUAAUGAUCCCCCCUGCCAGAGAAGAUGUUCCUCAAAUGGACUCGCCUGGUGGAUCAAGUACCGCUAGUUCAAGAGACAAUUCUCCAUGUCGUGAGUUAUCUCCGUUGGUGACAAGUUUAAAACCUCCUGUAAUUAUACGAAGAGGACCAUCUGGCUUUGGUUUCACCGUUCAUACGAUCCGAGUGUUCUACGGUGAUACCGAUUUUUAUACAAUGCAUCAUCUGGUCAUGGCUGUCGAAAAUGGUAGCCCUGCUUUCGAAUCGGGACUUCGGCCUGGGGAUUUGAUUACCCACAUUAAUGGAGAGCCUGUUCAAGGCUUGUAUCACACACAAGUUUUACAACUUCUUUUAUCUGGAUGCGAUCAUGUCACACUGAGGUCUACACCUUUAGAAAACACGUCAAUUAAAUCCGGUGGUCGUAAACGGGAGCCCUGGCAAUCAAAAUUAGCAAGAAGGUCUUUGCAGAAACAAAGAAAGCAAAAACGAGAUAUUGGUGAUAAAAGGCGAAAAGCAUCCCUCUUCAGGAGGAUAAGUAGCAAAAGAGCAAGUGUAGAAAUGCAACAGAUGGGUGUGUCAUCGCCGUCACUUGUGACACCAAGCCGAAGUUUCCAGUCUUUUACUAGACCUAUAACUACACAUGUUGACCCAGUAACUAGGUCACCGUCUACACCUAAACUUGUAAUGAGCCCUUCUGAUCCAAAUACACGUAGUUCUGAUACAUCGGGCAGUUCAUCUAGUUCGUCUAAUGGUAGUCCAGCAGUUCCGACUUCACAUUAUCAACGACCAUCCACACUCCAUGGGUUAAAACAUAAGCUUCAUUCUGCUGCCAAGACUAUUCAUUCACCAAGUAGAAGAAAAUCAGUUGGCCACAUUCCAUUAUCUCCUUUAGCCCGAACACCUUCACCUUCUCCAGUACCUUCUUCACCGACUCGCUCUCCUAGUCCUCUAGCUUUUCCUCCCGGUCAUCAACCUGGAAGUUCAAAUACCACGCAAUCUUACAGUCCAGGUUGUUCUGGAGCUACUGCCACAAAAAAAGGAUUUAAUCGUCCUAAAAGUGCCGAGCCGGGAUCUCCACUUUUAAGAAGGGCACUUUCGCCUGAUCGCUUGCACCCAAGGAGUGCAGAGACAAAAACAAAAUCUUGCCCCACUACAAUAUCUCCCUUAUGUGACCCUGCUCUCAAAGUCACUAUAUCCACUCUCCCUCGGGUAACUAUAACAUCUAAAUCGCCACCUGUUCAAAAAAUCAACACCGAUGCCGAUCCUGUAAAAUCCAAACCCCCUGAACAUCCUUUGAGAAAGGAAAAGGAAAGAAGAAAUAGCGAACCAGAACAUUUAAUAACCCAUGAUGAAUCAGAAUCAGACUUUCUUUCGAUUUCAUCAUCCCAACCGCUACCAAGGAUAGCCGAAGAAAAAGAUUCACCAACUGCUACAAAAGACGAUAUAGCGCCUGCUAUCUGUAGUAAUAGCAGCGGUAAUAGUUCUAAUGUUGGCAGCCACAGCACUACUAGCACUAUUGGCACAAAUAUUAGUACUACCUCUAAUAACAACUCUACGACUCAAACUUAUAGCAACAACAAUAACAAUAGUAACAAUAAUAAAAAUAUCGAACCUGAAGUGAGUGGUUCACAGUCAACAAACCAACCCCAGAGCAAAACUAAGAGUAAAACUACUCUGAAACAUCUCUCCCUUGUUAAAAAAAAUAAAAAAUAAAUCGUGAUAUUGCACCAAAUGUAAAAAGUAAAUUUACCAGAAGAUAUUCCAUUUAAAGCUCAUUAACAUAGUCCGCAACAUUUUAAUUAUUAUUAUUAUUAUUUUAUUUUUUCUAAAUAAUCAUUAUUAUUUUAAAAAUAAUAAUAUGUCAACAUAGUAUCCAUGUUAUUCAUUCUGCUGUAAAUGCUCAAAUUAUGUACAUUAUUUUAUUUUUAAAUGAUAUUUAUGAACAACACUUCUAAACUAGUUUUUUAAAAUUAUUUUUUUAAAUUUAAUUUUAUUUUUUUCUAUUAUUAUUUUUUUUUUUAGGUAAGAUAUAUAUUUUUUUAUUCUUUAAAAAGCAUAUGUAUAUCAGGAAAUGUUGUUUUUAUUUUAAUUCUACGUGAUAUUCAUGUAAUUUUGUUGACUGUUUAUGAUUCUAACUUUUAAGUAUUAAUGUUUGUGUGAUUUCAUGGAAAGGUGAGAAAUGAGUCUGUAAAACAUUAUGCCGUUUGUUGACCACAGGGGAAAUAAUUGUGUGAUUACUAUUGUAAAUUCUGUAAAACUAAUCUUAAAAACAUUUUAAUAAUUAUAGAUGUAAAAAAAAAAUGAUUUACCAAGUGUUUGUAUAGAUAGGCUGUGAUUUUAUUUAUUGUGAAAAAUUAUUUAUUAAUAAACUUAUCUGGUGCGAAAUGUUAUUUGUUAACAAUUUUAGUGCGGAUUUUCACAUUAUACACCAGGAAAAUAUAUGAUUUGUCUUGUGAUAAAACUUUCUAAGGAUUUUGUUGUUUAUUAGAUAAAACUCUCCUAAUGACUUCAUUUAUUGCUUCAUUUUUACCAUUGUAAUUGAUUAUGAAUAACAUAUCUGUC